GAGUCGAUUGCUGCAUCUUCCCAUACAGGCUUCAGAAUACUCACUCCCUUUAUUCACCGUCUAACUAAUUAUAGCCGGGUCUUUAUUUGGGACCGCAGCCUAUUAAGUACGGGUGAGCAGGACCGCGGACUGGGAAUUCUCGUUGGCUCGAUCGAUAUGCCAUUCUAAUGGUGAGAAUCGAAGCGCAGUUUCUAUGGCGGUAACGGUAUAUGAUAUCCUAGGCGCUCCGGAUGCCGCUGGUCGGGCAUCUCCAACAGGAACGGACAGCGAUGGAGGCAUAGACGCGAUUGUCAACGACGGGGACCCAGACUCGUUCCGGUGGCUUCGGCCGGUAUCACAAGGCCAGGCCUACUGCAGAGCCCAUUUCAUCAGGGAGUGCUGCGCAUAUUAUGUUCAAGAAAACAUCAUUUCCGGGCGUGACGCUGGCGAAACGCUUAAGCCGAAACCCACAAAAGCUCGGAAGUGGCCCACGGCGCCCACGAGGGUGCAGCCGGCACGAAGGGUUCGAGACAAGAGCCGGGAAGGCCGUUCAGAGAAGGAAACCGGCAGCCGGAGUAGCCCUAGGCCAGGGAACGGAACCGAGAAACCCGAAAAUACGGCACUGAGAGUUCGCCGCGAACAACUCCAGCUUCAUCUCCCCUGGCCGGACUACAAAGCGGGAAUCGAGGGCCGUGUCACCCAGAUCUCUGCCAAACUCUACCGGCGUCAACGGGGGGGUGAUAUCGCAGCGACUUACGCCAACUGCCCCAUUGUAAGCAGGAUUCGCCCAGGGUGUCGGUUCUGUCGGUGCGAUUCUCAGGUUGUCGAUGGCGAGGGCCUCCCACCCAGGAGGCUGGCGCCGCCGGCGCCGAUGCUCCUCGUCCGACUCGAAGAGGUGCGCGAGGAACAGUUGGGCAUAUUUGGCGGCGUCAGGUUCGCGGUCGAUGUGUGCGGUGAGCAAGAGAUGGUUAUUCUACUGGACGUAGUUAAAGUGCGCGGAGAGAAAGAGGAGAAGGAAGCACGAGACCAUAGCGAUGAAGGGGUAGUAGAGUCGAGGAAGAGGAGGAAUUCAUUGCUGGACCCCAGGCCCAAUCAAAGGGGGACUAUUAGCACUAUUAGCACGCCAAGGAAGAGGAGGAAAUUAGAGUAGAAAAGCACAUGCAACUCUGAAUAUAGGAUUCUGACAUCCCUUGUCGGCGUCGACGCGGAUAUACCUAGCUGUUCAUAUGCUCGUUGGCUUGUAGUAUACUUAUGCACCCCUACCUCGACCCUCUUCGCGCGUCUCCUAAGCGAAGGGGGGCCUGGAAUUGACGGAAGAUUGCCUUCUGCCUACGAGAAUUGAUGAAAAAGAGCAACAGGAUGAAGUGUCAUUAAACAUGAUUCGCUGCUGAAGCUGAAUCUCCAGCCACAGACAACUAGCCAAGCUCGCUUGCAACUCUCUCGCAGGGACUCCGGUUGGCAAGUAA